AUGACAUCUCUGCCAGCCAUCUUCAUCCUCCUGCUCCUGGUGUGUUCCUGCAACUCCGAUGACCACCUAACACCCACACAGCCACUCUCACCCGGCGACGAGCUCAUCUCAAGCAACGGCGUCUUCGCCCUCGGCUUCUUCUCCCUGCAAAACUCCACCGCCAACACAUAUUUAGGCAUAUGGUACCACAACAUCUCGCAGCGAACAUAUGUGCGGGUGGCCAACCGCGACAGCCCGAUCACGAGCAGUUUGUCUGGGAAGCUGGUUGUGACCAACACCUCUGACCUCGUCUUGUCAGAUUCCAACGACCCUCUGGCCUCCGGCCUCACCAAUUCCUUCUGGUCCCAGGUCAUCGACGACGGAGAGGUGAUCUACUCCACGUACAACGCGGCCGACGGCUCGCCGAUCAGAUCGCACUGGAAGCUGGAUUACACGGGCGACGUGGUGUUCAUGGUCUGGCUCGAUGGGUCGUCAUCGUGGAAGCCCCUGUUCAAGCACCCGGGCAACGGGUGCCUCCACUACGGCUCGUGCGGGCCGUUCGGCUACUGCGACAUCACGGGGGCCGUGGAGGAGUGCAGAUGCCUCGACGGGUUCGAGCCGGCCCACGGCUUCAGCAUCAACUCCUCCAAAGGGUGCGUGAGGAAGGAGGCGCUGAGAUGUGGCGGCGACGACCACUUCCUGACCUUGCCGGGGAUGAAGGUGCCCGACAAGUUCGUGUACGUGAGGAACAGGAGCUUCGAGGAGUGCGCCGCCGAGUGCGGCCGCAACUGCUCGUGCACGGCAUACGCCUACGCCAACUUGAGCAGUAUCCUCGCGACGGGUAACCAGUCGAGGUGCUUGGUCUGGAAAGGGGAGCUUGUCGACUCGGAGAAGGCCGGCGACGACAUUAGUGGUGACAACUUAUACGUCCGGCUCGCCGGCUCUGCUGGAGACAAUUCCGCAGAAAACAACAAGAACAAUAGCUUCACAGGAGACAGUUCCGCAGAAAACAACAAGAACAAUAGAGGUGUCCCUGUGGUAUUGAAGAUUGUACUCCCGGUUAUAUCAUGCCUGCUGAUACUCACAUGCUUGUAUCUUUUAUGUAUGUGCAGGCUACGAGGCAUACAACGAAACAAGGAACCCCUGCGAAGAUCGGACCUGCUGCAGGGACACCUGAGCACUUUGCAAGAAGUUUGGGAUCCAAGUCUGGAAUUUCAGUGCAUAUCGUUAAAAGACAUUGACACUGCAACGGAUAGUUUCCAUGACACCAACGUGCUUGGAAAAGGAGGUUUUGGAGAAGUUUAUAAGGGAACAUUGCAUGAUGGCAAGGAAGUUGCGGUUAAAAGGCUUAGCAAGGGAUCUGAGCAGGGGGUAGAGCAUUUUAGAAACGAAGUUGUUCUUAUUGCCAAGUUGCAGCACAAGAAUCUUGUUAGACUCCUUGGCUAUUGUAUUCAUGAGGAUGAGAAGUUGCUUAUUUAUGAAUACAUGCCCAACAAAAGUCUAGACAAAUUUCUUUUUGAUAAUACAAGAAAAUCUAUGCUUGAUUGGCAAAGAAGGUUCAGCAUAAUCAAAGGGGUAGCUAGAGGACUACUAUAUCUCCACCAAGAUUCGAGAAUGACAAUAAUUCACAGAGACCUCAAACCAAGCAACAUUCUGCUGGACAUGGAGAUGAACCCGAAAAUAUCACAUUUUGGAAUGGCAAGGAUCUUUGGAGGCAGCGAGCAACAAGAAAGUACCAAACGAGUUAUUGGGACAUAUGGUUACAUGUCACCUGAAUAUGCGAUGGAGGGUAUCUUUUCGGUGAAGUCCGACACCUAUAGCUUUGGUAUUUUGCUGCUGGAGAUUGUGAGCGGAUUAAAGAUCAGCUCACCUCAUCAUCUUGUAAUGGAUUUCCGAAACCUCAUAGCAUGUGCGUGGAAUUUGUGGAAAGAUGGAAAAGCAAGGGAUUUCCUGGACUCGAUGGUCACAGAGAACUAUUCCCUUGAUGAAGUGUCGAAAUGCAUCCACGUCGGACUCCUAUGUGUCCAGGAUGGCUCCAGUGCUAGGCCACACAUGUCAUCGGUCGUAUCCAUGCUGGACAGUGAAGCCAUGCCACGUGUAAUGCCGAAGCAACCUAUGUAUUUCGCACAGCUAAAUUACGAAGUUGAGGAAGGGCGAGAAGGCUUGGAAAACUCCGUCAAUGGUGCAAGCUUUACGGCACUAGAAGGCCGCUGACUGACUUGCGUAGGAUCUUAGUUUGAUAGUUUAGCAGCCGUAUAAUUUAUUUAGAUAUCUAAAUACAUUUACCUGCUUGUAAGCUGCUCCUCCAUCAUAAACAACCUGAAGGAGACAUUAAGCAUGUCAUGAAUAGUGUAAUGGUAAGGAUUAAUUUG